AUGGGAAUUAGAGAACUGUACGAGGCGAGUAAGCAGCAUGCGCUCUUUAGGCAUUUUGACCGGUUAAACAACGACCAAAAACUAGAAUUUGAGAAAAAUCUUGACGAAAUUGCGACUAAAAACGCACCAGAAACACUUUUGCAAGACUGCCAAAAGGCCAUUGAGUUGAGUUCGGCCAACUCUGACGAGACGGAUGCCAUUGAACCUCUCCCAAACACGUCUUACGGGACUUGUGUGGGAAACCCGGAGCUGGAAGAAGAAUAUCGUGAUCUAGGGCUUCAAGAAGUGCACAAUGGCCGAGUGGCAGUUGUGUUGAUGGCAGGCGGCCAGGGCACAAGAUUGGGCUCUUCGCAGCCAAAGGGUUGUUAUGACAUAGGUCUUCCUUCUAAAAAGUCGUUAUUUCAAAUUCAAGCAGAGAAACUGAUUUGUCUGCAGAAGCUGGCUAAAAGUCCGCACCCAAUUCCCUGGUACAUCAUGACUUCAAAACCUACAAGAGGGCCUACCGAGCAAUUUUUUCAGGAAAAUAACUAUUUCGGACUUGCUCCAAGCCAAAUUGUUUUCUUCAACCAGGGAACGCUGCCAGCUUUCGACCUAGAGGGCAAACAAUUAUUGCUUGAGUCACCCACACAGCUUGUGGAGUCCCCAGAUGGCAACGGUGGUUUGUACCGCGCUAUCAGAGACAACGGCAUUCUCGAUGACCUUGUGGCCCGGAAAAUCAAGCACAUCCACAUGUACUGUGUCGACAACGUUUUGGUAAAAUUGGCAGACCCAGUCUUCAUUGGUUAUGCACUAAAAAAUGGGUUUGAACUAGCCACUAAAGCAGUACCCAAAAGAGACGCUGCAGAGUCUGUUGGUCUGAUUGUCAGCAAAAAUGGAGCUCCAAGUGUUGUAGAGUAUUCUGAGAUUUCCAAGAAGAUGGCAGAGGCCACUGACAAAAAUGGACUUUUGAAGUUCAGAGCUGCCAAUAUAGUUAACCAUUACUACUCUGUUGAUCUACUACAGCGGGAACUGGGAUCUUGGUGUACUUCUAUGCCCUACCACAUCGCUAAGAAAAAAAUUGCAGUCUACGACAACAGUGCGGAUUCCAUUUAUAAACCAACAGAAGCUAACGGUAUCAAAUUGGAACAGUUCAUCUUCGAUGUUUUUCCAAAAAUGGAUAUGAACAAAUUCGGCUGCUUAGAGGUCGAUAGAACCGCCGAGUUUUCUCCCUUGAAGAAUGCGCCCGGUACUGCUAAUGAUAAUCCUGAGACAAGUCGCGUGGCCUAUUUGGAACUUGGCACAAAAUGGUUGAAAGCCGCAGGAGCAGAAGUAGGCUCCAAGUCGCUUGUUGAGGUUCCGGGUACGUUGAGUUAUGGGGGCGAGAGCCUAGAGAGAUACAAAGGACAGGCUUUCAGUGAGCAACUCUCCAUUUUGCAUUAA